CACUGCAGUCCUGACAGCGGCCAAGCCCGGCCAAGCCGGGCGCAAUCGGCUGAGGCAGAGGCAGGAAAGGAACCAUGUUCCCAGCUUGCCCUUGCCUCUGGGUCCUCGUGGUCCUGGGCUCCAGCUGGGCAGGCUGGGGGAGCCUAGGGGCUGAAGCAGCGCGGCUAAGGCAGUUCUACGUGGCUGCUCAGAGCAUCAGCUGGAACUAUCGCCCCGAGUCCACAUACCUUAGUUCGAAUACUUCUGCAACCUCCUUUAAGAAAAUUGUCUACAGAGAGUAUGAAGCAUAUUUUCAGAAAGAAAAACCACGAUCCACAACUUCAGGACUUCUCGGGCCUACUUUAUAUGCUGAAGUUGGAGACAUCAUGAAAGUUCACUUUAAGAAUAAGGCAGACAAGCCCUUAAGCAUCCAUCCUCAAGGAAUUAAGUACAGUAAAUUCUCAGAAGGUGCUUCUUACCCUGACCACACAUUCCCUGUGGAGAGGAUGGAUGAUUCUGUAGCUCCGGGCCAAGAAUAUACCUAUGAGUGGAAUAUCAGUGAGGACAGUGGGCCCACCCACGAUGACCCUCCAUGCCUCACAUAUAUCUAUUACUCCUAUGAAAAUCUGGUACACGACUUCAACUCUGGACUGAUUGGACCUCUGCUUAUUUGUAAGAAAGGCACCCUAACUGAGGAUGGGAUACAGAAGAUGUUUGACAAGCAACACGUACUGAUGUUUGCUGUGUUUGAUGAAAGUAAAAGCUGGAACCAGACAUCAUCCCUAAUGUACACAGUCAAUGGCUAUGUGAAUGGGACAAUGCCAGAUAUAACAGUUUGUGCCCAUGACCACAUCAGUUGGCAUCUGAUUGGAAUGAGCUCUGGGCCAGAACUGUUCUCCAUUCAUUUCAACGGCCAGGUCCUGGAGCAGAGCCGUCAUAAGAUCUCAGCCAUCACUCUCGUCAGUGCUACGUCCACAACUGCAAACAUGACCGUGAGCCUAGAGGGAAAGUGGAUCAUAUCUUCGCUCAUCCCAAAACAUUUUCAAGCUGGGAUGCAGGCUUACAUAGACAUUAAAAACUGUGCAAGGAAAACCAGGAAUCCUAAGAAACUAACUCGAGACCAGAGGCGGCACGUUAAGAGAUGGGAAUACUUCAUUGCUGCAGAGGAAGUCAUUUGGGACUAUGCACCUAUAAUACCAGCAAACAUGGACAAAAAGUACAGAUCUCUGCAUUUGGAUAAUUUCUCAAACCAAAUUGGAAAACAUUAUAAGAAGGUUGUCUACAAACAGUACCAAGAUGCAUCCUUCACCAAACUCCUGGAGAAUCCCAAUAUCAAAGAAGAUGGGAUCUUGGGCCCUAUUAUCAGAGCCCAGGUCAGAGACACACUUAAAAUCAUGUUCAAAAAUAUGGCCAGCCGCAGCUACAGCAUUUACCCUCAUGGUGUGACCUUCUCUUGUUAUGAAGAUGAAGUCAACUCUUCCUCCACCUCAGGCAGUAACACCAUGAUCAAAGCAGUUCAACCAGGGGAAACCUAUACUUAUAAGUGGAACAUCCUAGAGUCUGAUGAACCCAUGGAAAAUGAUGCUCAGUGCUUAACAAGACCAUACUACAGUAAUGUGGACAUCACAAGGGACAUUGCCUCUGGGCUGAUAGGGCUACUUCUAAUUUGUAAGAGCAGAUCCUUGGAUAAGCGAGGCAUACAGAGGGCAGCAGACAUUGAGCAGCAGGCUGUGUUUGCUGUGUUUGAUGAGAACAAGAGCUGGUACAUUGAGGACAACAUCUACAAGUUCUGUGAAAAUCCUGAGAAGGUGAAACGUGAUGACCCCAAGUUUUAUGAGUCAAACAUCAUGAGCACUAUCAAUGGCUAUGUGCCUGAGAGCAUACCCACACUAGGAUUCUGCUUUGAUGACACCGUCCAGUGGCACUUCUGCAGUAUGGGAACCCAGAAUGACAUUUUGACCAUUCACUUCACUGGGCACUCAUUCAUCUAUGGAAAGAAACACGAGGACACUUUGACCCUCUUCCCCAUGCGUGGGGAAUCUGUGACCGUCACAAUGGAUAAUGUUGGAACUUGGAUGUUAACUACCAUGAAUUCCAAUCCAAGAAGCAAAAAACUGUGGCUGAGAUUCAGGGAUGUUAAGUGUAUCCGGGAUUAUGAUGAUGACUCAUAUGAGAUUAUAUACGAACCUUCAGGAUCUACAUCCAUAACUACAAGGAAAAUGCGUGAAUCAUCAGAAAUCAAAGAUAAAAAUAAUGAUGCUGACUAUGAUUACCAGAACACACUGGCUUUAUCAUUAGGAAUCAGGUCAUUCAGAAAUUCAUCAUCAAAUCAGGAGGAAGAUAAGUUCAAUCUUACCGCACUGGCUCUGGAGAACAACUCUGAAUUCAUUCCUCCAAGUACCAACAGAACUGUUGGUUCAAAUUCUUCUUCCCCAGGUAACAUUAGCAGGCUUAUUGCCAAUAACUUUGCACAACCUCUGAAAAUUCUUCCUCACCCAGAAGCCACCAUAGCUGGUCCCCCGCUAGGACACACCAGCUUAGAUAAGAACUCAAUUCUCAACCCUCCCACAGCAGAGCAUUCCAGCCCUUAUUCUGAAGACCCUAUAGAAGAUCCUCUAUACUCAGAUGUCACAGGGAUAAGCCUGCUUCCAUUUGGUACAGAAGAAUUCAGAAAUCAAGAACAUGCUAAACAUAAAAGAUUCAAGGCAGGAAGAGGCCGAGGAGCAAAGCAUAGAUUCUCCCAGAUGGAAUUCCCAGCACAUAAAACUGGUAGACAUUUAAGCCAAGGCAACUCUUCUUCUUCCAGAAUAGGGCCCUGGGAGGACCUUCCCAGUGAUCUGUUACUCUUACAACAAAAGGAUCCAUCUAAGAUUCUGAAUGGGGAAUGGCAUUUGGUUUCUGAGAAAGGCAGUUAUGAAAUAAUCCAAGAUGCUGAUGAAGUUAAGGUUGUUAAUAAGCUGCCAAACAGCCCCCAGAAUGACUCAAGGACUUGGGGAGAAAACAUCCCUUUUAAAAACAAGCAUGGAAAGCAGAGUGGCCACCCAACGUUUUUUGUAACUAGACAUAAACCUCUACAAGGAAGACAAGAUGGAGGAAAUAGUAGAUUGAAGAAAGGCCUUUUUUUAAUUAGGACGCGAAGAAAGAAAAAGGAAGAGAAGCCUGCACACCAUGUUCCUCUAUCUCCAAGGAGUUUUCACCCUCUGAGAGUAGAGGCCAACACCCCAUUUUCAGAUGGGAGACAUAAUCAUUCAUUGUUACUCCACACAUCCAAUGAAACAUCUCUUCCCGCAGACCUCAAUCAGACACUCCCCUCUAUGAACCUUAGCCUCAUGGCCUCACAUCCUGAUGGUGAUCAAAACCCCCCAAAUGACACCAGUCAGACAAGCUCCCCUCCAGAUCUUUAUCAGACAGUGAGCCCAGAGGAACACUAUCAAACAUUCCCUAUUCAAGACUCUGAUCCAACGCACUCCACUACAGUCCCCAGUCACAGAUCUCUUCCUCCAGAGCCCAGCCAGAUACCCAACUAUGACCUAAGAAACAAGGCCUUCCCUACUGAUGUUAGUCAAACGUUCCCUUCCUUGGAACCUGAAGUCUGGCAGACAACUACCUCUCUAGACCUCAGUCAGCCAUCCCUCUAUCCAGAUCUCAGCCGGACCACCCUUUCUCCAGACCCUGGACAGGAGACUCUCUCUCCAGACCUCAGCCAGACAACAUUUUCCCCAGACCUUAGCCAGGAGACUCUCUCUCCAGACUUCAGCCAGACAACACUUUCCCCAGAUCUUAGCCAGGAGACUCUCUCUCCAGACCUCGGCCAGACAACCCUUUCUCCAGACCUCGGCCAGACAACCCUUUCUCCAGACCUCGGCCAGACAACACUUUCCCCAGAUCUUAGCCGGGAGACUCUCUCUCCAGACCUCAGCCAGAUGGCCCUUUCCCCAGACCUUGGCCAGGAGACUCUCUCUCCAGACCUCAGCCAGACAACGCUUUCCCCAGACCUUAGCCAGGAGACUCUCUCUCCAGACCUCAGCCAGACAACGCUUUCCCCAGACCUCAGCCAGGAGAUUCUCUCUCCAGACCUCAGCCCGAUGGCCCUUUCCCCAGACCUUGGCCAGGAGACUCUCUCUCCAGACCUCAGCCAGACAACCCUUUCUCCAGACCUUGGCCAGACAACACUUUCCCCAGAUCUUGGCCAGACGACUCUUCCCCCAAACCUCAGUCAGAUGCCACUUUCCCCAGACCUCAACCAGGCAACUCUCUCUCCAGACAUCAGUCAGACAUCCCUUCCUCUUGAUCUCAGGCAGACAUCACCUCCUCUAGAUCUCGAUCAGACAUCCCACACUUCUGAAUCUAUUCAGUCAUUGCCUCUCCCAGAACUUGGUCAGACUUUCCCUUAUGCAGAUCUUGGUCAGAUGCCAACUCCUCCACCACAUUCUCCACUAAAUAACACUUUUAUACCAAGAGAAUUUAAUCCACUGGUCGUAGUAGGCCUCAGUAGAGAUGAUGGAGAUUACAUUGAAAUUAUUCCAAGGCAGAAGGAAGAGAGCAGUGAAGAAGACUAUGGUGAAUUUGAUUUUGUGGCCUAUGAUGACCCUUACCAAACCGAUCUUAGGACAGACAUCAACUCCUCCAGAAAUCCUGACAACAUUGCAGCAUGGUACCUUCGCAGCAACAAUGGAAACAGAAAAAAUUAUUUCAUUGCUGCUGAAGAACUAUCCUGGGAUUAUUCAAAAUUUGCACAAAGUGAAGACAUUGAUGAUGUUUCAAAGGACACCAUAUACAAGAAAGUAGUUUUUCGAAAGUACCUUGAUAGCACUUUUAACAAGCUUGAUCCUCGGGGAGAGUAUGAAGAGCAUCUUGGCAUACUUGGUCCUAUCAUUAGAGCUGAAGUGGAUGAUGUUAUCCAAGUUCGUUUUAAAAACUUAGCAUCCAGACCAUAUUCUCUUCAUGCCCAUGGGCUUUCCUAUGAAAAAUCAUCAGAGGGAAAGACUUAUGAAGAUGACUCUCCUGAAUGGUUUAAGGAAGACAAUGCUGUUCAGCCCAACAGCACUUAUACAUAUGUAUGGCAUGCCACUGAGCGAUCAGGGCCAGAAAAUCCUGGCUCUGCCUGUCGGGCUUGGGCCUACUACUCGGCAGUGAACCCGGAAAAAGAUAUCCAUUCAGGCUUGAUAGGACCCCUUCUGAUCUGCCGAAAAGGAACACUUCAUAAGGAGACCAACAUGCCUGUGGACAUGAGAGAAUUUGUCCUACUUUUUAUGGUAUUUGAUGAAAAGAAGAGCUGGUACUAUGAAAAGAAGCCCAUGAGGUCUUGGAGACGCACAUCCUCAGAAGUAAAAAACUCCCAUGAGUUUCAUGCCAUCAAUGGGAUGAUCUACAACUUGCCUGGCCUGAGAAUGUAUGAGCAAGAGUGGGUGAGGUUGCACCUGCUGAACGUAGGCGGCUCCCAGGACAUUCAUGUGGUUCACUUUCAUGGCCAGACCUUGCUGGAAAAUGGCACUCAACAGCACCAGUUAGGGGUCUGGCCUCUUCUGCCUGGUUCAUUUAAAACUCUUGAAAUGAAGGCAUCAAAACCUGGCUGGUGGCUCCUAGACACAGAAGUUGGAGAAAACCAGAGAGCAGGGAUGCAAACGCCAUUUCUCAUCACAGACAGAGACUGUAAAAUGCCAAUGGGACUAAGCACUGGUCUCAUAGCUGAUUCACAGAUCAAGGCUUCUGAGUUUUGGGGUUAUUGGGAACCCAAAUUAGCAAGACUAAACAAUGGUGGAUCAUAUAAUGCUUGGAUCGCAGAAAAACUUUCAGUAGAAUUUAACCCUAAACCUUGGAUCCAGGUAGACAUGCAAAGGGAAGUCCUGUUGACAGGGAUCCAGACCCAAGGUGCCAAACACUACCUGAAGUCUUACUACACCACCGAGUUCUUUGUGGCUUACAGCUCUGACCGGACCAACUGGCGGAUCUUCAAAGGAAACAGCACUAGGAACGUGAUGUAUUUUAAUGGCAAUUCGGAUGCCUCUACAAUAAAAGAGAAUCAGUUUGACCCACCUGUUGUGGCUAGAUAUAUUAGAAUCUCUCCAACUAAAUCCUAUAACAAACCUGCCCUUCGAUUGGAGCUGCAAGGUUGCGAGGUUAACGGAUGCUCUACACCGCUGGGUAUGGAAAGUGGAAAGAUAGAAAACAAGCAAAUCACAGCUUCCUCAAUUAAAAACUCUUGGUGGGGAGAUUACUGGGAACCCUUCAUUGCCCGUCUUAAUGCCCAGGGCCGUGUGAAUGCCUGGCAAGCCAAGGCAAACAACAACAAUCAGUGGUUACAAAUUGAUCUGCUCAAAAUCAAGAAGAUAACAGCGAUUGUAACACAGGGUUGCAAGUCUCUGUCCUCUGAAAUGUAUGUGAAGAGCUACACCAUCCAGUACAGUGACCAGGGAGUCAAAUGGAAACCUUACAGAGAGAAAUCCUCGUUGGUGGACAAGAUUUUCGAAGGAAAUAAUAAUAUCAAAGGACACGCGAAGAACUUUUUCAACCCACCAAUCAUUUCCAGGUUUAUACGCGUCAUUCCUAAAACAUGGAAUCAAAACAUUGCACUUCGCCUGGAACUCUUUGGCUGUGAUAUUUAAUAGAAUUGAUUAUUCUAAAAGAUAGGAGGGACUCAACGAUAUCAAACCAUUUAGGGUGGACAAUGUAUUUUAGAGCUAUUUUAAAUAUUAAAAUUUUUCCACUAUUUCUCUUUUUUCUAUUAGAGAAUAAAAUUUUAUAUGUGAAACCUU